CUUUAAUCCCUUCAACAAAAAAAAACCACGUUUCUUCAGAUACACGACGGCUUUCUGACGGCUUAAUAUCAAAAUUCCCUACGCUAUCAAAACGGAUGCGAAUUUGUGGAUCGUGCAGGAAAGAGCUCAGCAAAUUGAAGGAAUUACCGACUUCGAAAAGUAAUGAGCCUUGUGAAGACGUUAUUCCAGAUAGAGACCAUAUUGAAUCUGAGAAGGAUGACCGAAUUUCCGAUGACGAUGGCUCCAACUUUACUGAAGAAAAUAUGACUUCAAGGGAUGAGUGCCAAAACCAAUACCACAAGGAUGCAGUAAAAGUACUUGAGCAAAUAAAAGAAAAGUACAAAACUUCAACUAGUAGAGCAGAAAAAAUUCAACUUCUCACGCUUGCUCCACCGACAUGGAGUCGCGCAAAAACAAUGGCUGAGUUGGGAACAUCAGAAAGAAAAGCCAGGAUUGCUAAAAAAUUAGUUGCAGAGCAUGGCAUACUCACACUCCCAAACACAAAGAAAGGAAAACCUUUAGAGUGCAAAACUGAAGCUCUAGUGACUCAGUUUUAUCAGCGCGAUGAUAUGAGUCGCCUGAUGCCAGGGAUGAAAGACUGGGUGUCUGUACGAAUUGACGGUAAGAAAGUUCAAAUGCACAUUUGCAGGCAGGUGAAUUCGUUAUUUCAUACGAUUUCGCAGAAAACUAUAAAUAUGUUAUCCAGGAUGCCAUACAAGCAUUCCAUUUCAAUAACGACCAAGCAACUAUAUUUACAAUAGUUAUUUACUACAUGAAAGAUGGAAAACUGGAACAUAAAAGUAUGGCAAUCAUAUCCGACGAUUUGAAGCAUGACGCCGUUGCUGUUUAUGAGUACCAGAAGAUAAUACUAAAUUAUCUAAAAUCCGAAUUCACAGUAGCGAAGGUAUACUACGUUUCGGAUGGACCUCGUCAGCAUUUUAAAAACAAAAGUAGCUUCGCAAAUCUUAUGGCUCAUGAAACAGAUUUCGAUACACCAGCUGAGUGGCAUUUUCAUCCUACUGCUCAUGGUAAAGGAGCAUGUGAUGGUAUAGGAGCAAAUAUUAAAAGAAAUGCAGCGAAGUAUAGCCUCCAAUGCUCUCAUCAAGCCCGUAUCUUAGAUGCGAAAGCUUUAUUCCGGUGGGCAAAGAAGUACUGUAAAGAAACUGAAAUAAUUUUUAGUAGCAAAGAUGAUCAUGCGGAAACUGCGAAAUCACUGAAGAGCAGAUUCGAUGCUGCAGUAACAAUCGAUGGUACCGCUCAAUAUCAUGCUUUCAUACCGAUUGGCGAUGGAAGGCUCAAGUUAAAGAAGUUUUCUUCCUCUACCCAAUGUGAUUUCUUUCCAAAAGCGAAACCCGAAGUGAAAUCAACAGCAGAACCCAGUAACCCUAAGAAAGGAUUGACGAAAAAAGCCACAAAGAAAGGUGGAAAAUAAGGUGGAUGGAAGGCUGGCUAUUAUAAAAUUAACUAUCUUGUAUACUUUUUAUGUAUCUAUUUAUUAAAUUAUAUAUUAAAAACUAUUCUAAAUAAAUAAAAAAAUUCAUAAUUUUGACCAAUUCUAUAGAAAAACAGUUAUUUUAUUCCAAAGGUGUACAUAUUGUGGGUAUUGUUAUAUA